GACACACAGACAUAUGCCUAUUUUAACAAUCAGCACAACUGUGGUUUAUAGUUCACAUACAGUCAGAGGGGAUAUUUACCAAUAAAGCCACCACCGGAAAAGGGACUUGAGUAUCUUGUGGUACAUUUGAUUUAAAUAACAAACAAAAAACAAAAAAGAAAUCUGCCAGCUGGGUGUUAAUUUCCCAGAAGGUAUGUGACUUUGGCCUGUUUCUAUUCAAGCAUCUCAUUACUUCCAAGAUUAAAUACUCCACACAAGAUUAAAUACUGCACCAUGGCUCAGUAUGAUCAACUUGAGGAUAAGGACUCUCUGGAUAUCCAUGAUAAUCCACCAGUACCUGAAAACGUGGUCAAAGAGGAUGAAAAUACUGUAUAUUUUGUGUAUGAUGAAGAGGUAGAAGAAGAAGAGGCUCCCCCGCCCCCGACUCCUGAGCCUGUGGUCCAAGUGAAUGACAAACCACAUAAGUUUAAAGAUCACUACUGCAAGAAACCCAAGUUCUGCGAUGUUUGUGCUCGAAUGAUUGUCCUCAAUAACAAAUUUGCACUGCGCUGCAAGAACUGCAAGACCAAUAUUCAUCAUGCAUGCCAAUCCUAUGUGGAGUUCCAGAGAUGCUUCGGCAAAAUACCCCCAGGGUUCAGGCGAGCAUACAGCUCCCCUUUGUAUGAUCAGGAGAUAAAUAACCCUGGACAACAAAAUCGCAAUGACCCAGUCUUUGACACUCUUCGAACUGGAGUUAUCAUGGCAAAUAAGGAGAGAAAGAAAAGUUCAGAAGAUAAAAAGAAUAUGAUGAUGAUGAUGAUGGAGGAAGAAGAGGCUCAGCAGCCCAAAGAGGGUGAAGAGGGAGGUGAAGGAAAGCAAGAUGCAGAUAAAAAAGACAAGACAGCUGCAGAUGACAAGAAUAAAAAGCAGCAACAGACUUUUAGUCAGACUCACUACUACCUGGCUCUGUACCGUUUCAAAGCAAUUGAGAAAGAUGACCUAGACUUCCACCCUGGUGAUCGAAUUACAGUGAUUGAUGAUUCUAAUGAAGAGUGGUGGAGAGGUAAGAUUGGGGAGAAAACAGGUUACCUUCCCAUGACUUACAUCAUCAGGGUCCGUGCAGGAGAGAGAGUGUAUAAGGUGACACGCUCCUUUGUGGGGAACCGAGAGAUGGGUCAGAUCACACUGAAGAAAGAUCAGAUAGUGGUGAAGAAAGGAGAGGAGGUGAAUGGCUAUCUGAAAGUCAGCACAGGCCGUAAACUUGGCUUCUUCCCUGCUGAUCUACUUCAGGAAAUCUAAAUGACAACAUUGCACUGAUACAAAGCCAGUGUGCCUUAAUAAAAAAAAAAACAACUUGAACUCAAAGUUUGAGUUUUCCAAAAAUAUAAAAAUAUGCUAUAAAUGAAAUCUGAGUAUCUCAAAUUUAUGUUUGCUGCAGACACAUGGACAUGAUCCAAGUAACCCUUGUUCCUUGGAACACACACAUGCGCACAUGCGCACACACAAACACACAGACACACAGACACACACACACACCAUCUUAAUAUAAA